CAAGGCCCGGCAGAAGCCAGUUCCUGGUGGCAGCUGGGCAGCUGAUAGCUCCCUGCCUCCCCGCCAUGGUGCUCCUCCUGCCCUGGCUCUCGCGGUGCUGUCGCCGCCUCCUCCUGCCUCCUAGGCCGCCGGCCCCUGGCUCCCAGAGAUGCUGCUCCCAGAGCCCCAGGACCAGCACCAAGGAGCAGGCCAGCACCAGCGGCCGCGGGAAGACAAGGCCCCCCGCCCCGGGCCCCGGGCUCCCUGCAGAGCUCGCCCGGGCGGAGGAGCUGCUGGAGCAGCAGCUGGAGCUGGCCCAGGCCAUGCAGGAAGGGCAGGAGGGGGCCUGGGAGGCGCAGGCCCUGGUGCUCAAGACGCAGAAGCUGAAGGAGCAGAUGAGGAGACUCCGAGAGAGCCUGGGAGGAGGAACCUAGGGUUUCACCCCCAACACAGGAAACACUGCACGCCACCUGCCGAGACCACCAGCCUUGCAGGCCACUAAGAACAGAGGACCCUCCAGAGAGCCAGGCUGCAAAGCGGCAGGAACCAUGGCCUCCGCUGUCGUCUUAGCCCCACUGUGACCCCUCCCGCUGACAACCUUGGCCCCACAUCAAGAACCUAGCACCACCUCACCCCAAAUCCAAUAAAAGGAGCACUUAGACACCA